AUGUCAAACGCUGGUGUGCUCUACGCCAAAUUCACCAAUGAUGCCACGGUUGAUAUUCCUUUUGAAUGUCGAUCUGGCCGUCGUUGCAAAUCGACUUUGCGCACUGAUACUGCCAAAGGUCUCAUAGUCAUGCCAGGCCAACCCCGAUUCACAGUCGAGAGCGCAUCUCAGGUAUCAGGCAGCCGGGUUGUUUGUGAAGCGUGCUAUGUAUAUUAUGAUGGGAAGCGCACCAGUACACGAGGAGCACCAGGUCCUUCAGCAGCACGUCCUCUGCUGCCGCCACCUGCCACUCCAAACCUGGAAGCUGAACGAGAGGCAAUCCGACGCCAGAACAUUGAGGGGAGGCUCGGUGACAAGUCUCUUGGAGGUCAAAUUGCCCCCAUUGGCGCUGGUUUGAUGGCUCCUCCAGCAAUAAUUCCGCAAAGACAGAGUAGUGGCUCAUCAGUCCCACGAAUUUCUGUGCCUAAUCAGUUGGCGGUUGGUCAACUGGCUGUGGCUGCUCCAAAUUCUGCUGCGGCUGCUUCGCAGUUCAACAGUCAGGGAUAUUCCUCUGCACAUGCUAGCUAUGGGUCUCAAUAUUCUCUGUGGGGAAAUAUGGCCUAUUCUGGUCUAUCUCGGGAGUUUCUCACAUUAAAUAUUGGUGUUCGCCACGAAUUUCCUGGGAAACCAAACGGUGUGGUCUUUGGGACUAUCAACGAGGGCAAAAACAUCAGUGCUCAAGCAACAGCAAGUGAGAUCAUCCAACUUGUGCUCGAAGUUGGUGGCGGAAAGCUUGCUGCCCAAAUUGCAGAGGAGACCGCUUCUCAGUUUGUGUUCAACACCACUACUUUUGUUGUGCGCCAAUUGGAAGGCUGGAUCAACAUUCAUGAAGAGCCGCCGCACCAACCACUCCUGUAUCACCGUUACCUCAAGCUAGGCACAGGCAAAAACAGAAUACCCUGGACUUUCAUCCGCUUCCUCAAUUUCCAGGAGGAGCAAAUUGAACAGAGCGAGUCCAAAGGUAGUUCAAUUAAUCUACAGGCUGAAUUUACUGAAGCCACAGAGCCUCUGGUCACUGAGCCUGCACAGUCCAAAUCACGUAUGCAGACUCGUUCGCAAAGGAAAUCAAACUCAAGGACGACUCAGACAGUGCCUCGGUCAUCCAUUCGAACUCGAUCCAUGCAAGGAUCUGUCUCUGAUCAAACUCGGGAUGUCCAGUAUGAGCUCUACAAUGCAGAGAUCAUCUCCCAAAACACCAAUGACAACUCUAUUUCUGCUGAUACUCCUUCAAAAAAGCGCUCUGCCGAAUCUGACAUCGAGGAAUUUCAGCCCUUGGACAGGCAGAGAUUGCGAAAUGCUCUGAAUGCUGGCGGUGCCUCUGUUACUGUCUCCAAGAGUGCUCCCAUUCACACAUCUGAAACAAUUGAGUUCUUCCGGAUUCGCCCCAGCGGUCUCCAGGAUUUGCUCAGGGAAAAUCGAGCAUUCAAGAUUGAGAUGUCCGCAGCCGAGGGUGGUACUUUGGCUCUAAAGCCAUCAGCAUCUCCUCUCGGUGUUGGAACAUUCAAAUCUGCUCAUUCUGCCUACCUGACACUCACCCGACUUUCGGAUACCCCAUUGGGUGCCUCCCCUGGUCAGCAUGUUGCGCUUAAACGCAUGUUCAGGACCAGAGAGACGUUGAAGCGAUUUGACCCUGUGAACGAGUAUGAACACACCAUUUCCGAGGCUAAUUUGCUCUUCUGGGGCACAGCCAUCCUUCGUUUCACCAUGGAAGCUGGAAAUGCCAUGGUUCAUGAAGCUGCGGCAGCUGGGAGCUCUAGCAAGACAAUGAGUUCUCUUCGACGGACCUACCUUCUAGAAGAGCUCAUUGGAACAGGCAAAUUUGUCAAAUACAUCAAUAACAAUAGUGCAACUCCGGUUGCAUCUCUCAGCCCUGAUAGGCGUUCUCUUGCAGAGUUCCUGUGCUUCACUCAACAUGUUCAAUAUGAGCAAACGGAUGGUCUUGUUUUUCUCUCUGACCUGCAAGGAUCCGGUGCUCUGUUGACUGAUCCGCAGAUUAUGACAUCCCCUUCCCUUGAUGGUGGCCUCUUUGGUGGAGGAAACUACGGAAAAUUCUUUGAGCAGUUCCCUGAGCAGCAUGUCUGCUCUAGAUACUGUGAGUUUUUCAAGUUAUCUUCUCUCCAAGAAGAUUAG